GCUCUGGGAUUGUACACCGUAAAUGCAGUAUAUGGAGAUACCAUUACUAUGCCUUGUCGUCUAGAAGUACCAGAUGGUCUUAUGUUUGGAAAAUGGAAAUAUGAAAUGCCAAACGAAUCUCCAGUAUUUAUUGCCUUCAGAUCAUCAACAAAAAAAAAUGUACAGUAUGAUGAUGUACCAGACUACAAAGACAGGUUGAGUCUCUCAGAAAACUAUACGUUAUCCAUCAAGAAUGCAAGAAUCAGUGAUGAAAAGAGAUUUGUAUGUAUGCUAGUUACAGAAGAUGAUGUUUCCGAAGAGCCAACGAUAGUCAAAGUCUUCAAACAACCCUCUCAACCAGAAAUCUUACAUCAAGCAGACUUCUUAGAAACAGAGAAGCUACAAAUGCUUGGAGAGUGUGUUUCAAGAGAGAGUUAUCCUGAAGGCAAUGUCACGUGGUACAAAAACGGGAGAGUUUUGCAGCCUGUGGAAGAAGUUGUGGUCAUAAAUUUGCAAAAGACUGUGAACAAAUCAACUGGACUCUUCACCAUGACAUCAUCUCUUCAGUACAUGCCAACAAAGGAAGAUGCAAAUGCCAAGUUUUCUUGCGUUGUGACAUAUUAUGGACCAUCUGGCCAGAAGACAAUACAGUCUGAACCAGUUGUCUUUGAUGUUCACUAUCCAACAGAGAAGGUGACUAUUCAAGUGCUGCCACAAAGUAGUACCAUUAAAGAAGGCGAUAACAUCACUCUGAAGUGCUCGGGAAAUGGCAACCCUCCUCCACAGGAGUUCCUCUUUUACAUUCCAGGAGAAACAGAAGGCAUAAGAAGCUCAGAUACUUACAUAAUGACAGACGUGAGACGAAAUGCAACAGGAGAAUAUAAGUGCUCUCUGACUGACAAAAGCAUGAUGGACUCAACCACCAUCACUGUACACUAUUUGGAUUUGCAGCUCACUCCUAGCGGAGAAGUCACAAAACAGAUUGGAGAGGCCCUGCCUGUGUCAUGCACAAUUUCUUCUAGUAGAAAUGCAACUGUGUUUUGGAUAAAGGACAACACCAGAAUGCAAACAAGUCCAUCAUUUUCAAGUCUUCAGUAUCAAGAUGCUGGAAACUACAUCUGCGAAACCACUCUACAGGAGGUUGAAGGGCUAAAGAAAAGAAAGACACUUAAACUUAUUGUGGAAGGAAAACCUCAAAUCAAAAUGACAAAGAAAACCAACACAAAUAAAAUGUCUAAAACAAUUGUCUGUCAUGUGGAAGGUUUCCCCAAACCAGCAGUGCAAUGGACAGUUACUGGUACUGGAAGCAUCAUAAAUAAAACAGAGGAGACUAAGUAUGUUAAUGGAAAAUUUUCCAGUAAAAUUGUAAUUGCUCCUGAGGAAAAUGUGACUCUAACUUGCAUUGCAGAAAAUCAGCUAGAAAGGACUGUGACCUCCCUGAACGUCUCUGCUAUAAGUAUUCCAGAAUAUGAUGAGCCAGAGGAUAGGAGUGAUGACAAUAGCGAAAAGGUUAAUGACCAGGCAAAGCUAAUAGUGGGAAUUGUAGUCGGUCUUCUGCUGGCUGCUCUGGUUGCAGGUGUUGUCUACUGGCUCUAUGUGAAGAAAUCAAAGACAGCGUCAAAACACGUAGACAAAGAUCUUGGAAAUAUAGAAGAAAACAAAAAAUUAGAAGAAAACAAUCAUAAAUCUGAAACUUAAGAGACAAAACAUGUCAGUCGUCAUUCCAGAGAAUACAUAUAGACCAAUUGAAGCAUGAACGUGGAUUGUAUUUAAACAUAUACAAAGAAGUGACAGCUAUUCAUGGUUCAAGUAUUAAACAGAUCAUACUACCAAGUUUUCAAAGGAUUUUAGACGCAAUUAUCUCAAGCUAAAGAAAAAAAAAACCUACAAACUAAUUUUGGCAACAGCCAUGAUAAUAGGUCACCAUGUUGUGUUCCGUUUGAAAUAUUUUUUUGUAAAUGUCUGCACUGAAGAUUUCUUUUUGUUUGCCUUUAUGUAAAUUUUUUACGUAGCUAUUUUUAUACACUGUAAGGCUUUGUUCUGGGAGUUGCCGUUAAUCUGAUGUAUAGUGUAAUGGUUUUAUUUCAAUUGUUUUUAUGACACCCUUUGAGCAGGUACAUGUCUAAUUCUGAUUGUUAUCGGUGAAGCCUCUGCUUUGUAUCAAGUACCUAGAGAGUAAGAUUGUCUUAAA